GAGUGAUGUGGGUGAAUUUGGAGAAUUUAGUGAAUUUAUUGAAUUUAGUGAAUUUAGUGAAUUUAUUGAAUUUAUUGAAUUUAGUGAAUUUAUUGAAUUUAUUAAAUUUAGUGAAUUUAUUGAAUUUAUUAAAUUUAGUGAAUUUAUUGAAUUUAUUAAAUUUAUUGAAUUUUGUGAAUUUAUUGAAUUUUGUGAAUUUAUUGAAUUUAUUGAAUUUUGUGAAUUUAUUGAAUUUAUUGAAUUUAUUGAAUUUUGUGAAUUUAUUGAAUUUUGUGAAUUUAUUGAAUUUUGUGAAUUUAUUGAAUUUUGUGAAUUUGUUGAAUUUAGUGAAUUCA